UUUUGUUGCUUUUAUAACUUUGAAAUUGCAGAUCUUUAAAAUGUUGCUUCGUGAAGUUUCCAGAAUUUCAAGAACCUUGCUCCAAAAAUCGGCCAGCUUGGCCGGAAUAAAAAGAUCUGUGAUGUACUCUGCUGUAAAUCGUCAGAAUGAUCCAAAAUUAGAACUGAUUGCAAAACAGACCUGCAAUGAUAAUCCUUUUGACACCUAUGUGAUAAAGCCAGAUGCAGGACAAGGGAUGUUCAAAUCUAUGCCCAUUCUUAUCCCGUCAACUAAAGAAACAAGGAUUGUUGGCUGUUGUUGUGAAGAUGAUUACCAGGAUGUUGUAUGGUUUGAGCUGAAGAAGGGAGAGUGUCAGCAGUGCGAGUGUGGAAACUAUUUCAAGCUGGUUCCCCACGAUCCCCUUGAUCCGAAUGUGAAGCCAAAGUUUGGAAUGGGUUUUGGUUCUGGUUUUGUGUCAAUUUAUUAUUGAAUAAAUUUGCAAGUAGAAAAAAA